AUCGGACAGAGCCGCUGCGGCAUCGGCAAUCGAGACAAAGGACCGAAAAAAGCUGAGAGCUCUUUCUCCACUCACUCCUCACUCCUCCCACUAUUUCUGGGUCUCGGUGAAGCCCUCGACCUCCUCUUUUCCUCCCUGCAUAUAAACAAUGAAAGGCAAACGCCUUUCAAGUAAAAGUCAAGUUGGCAAGGGAGAUGUGGAGAAAGGGCCAGCCAAUCAAUCAGAACACAAAGUCGUUUUAGGGGACUUAAUAUGGGUAAAGAUUAAUGAUAGUUUGUGGUGGCCUGCACAGGUUGUUGACGAGAAUGCUGUGAGCGGAAGCAAUAAACCUGGUAAUAGAUCUGUGGGUGAAGUUCUUGUUCGACUUUAUGGAAGUUAUAAAUAUUUAUAUGCAGAUCCGAUCGAAUGUCGUUCUGAGUUUGAGAAUGUGCUGAAGAAGAAUAACAGUUGUUACAGGGAAAUUUUUCAGACAACUCUGGAUCAGGUUAUUCGUCACUUCAAACCUAGUACACCAAAGGGACAAGGAUCAAGAUCUAAAGAAAAAGCCAGUGUUGGGGCUUCUAAUGGUGAAAAGUUGAAGCAAAAUAGAGUUGGGAAAGAGAAGAAAUUAAAAGCCUCAAAUUCAACAGGUGGUGCCUCUGGAAGACAUAAAGCUGUACAGAUUGGAGAAGCCAGUGCAUGGAAAAUCAAUUCCCUUGCUAAAAAUGGUGAGGGCAAUGUUUCUGAGACAAUUGUUUCUUCAAGGAAACUUGCUGCUAAUGCUCCGCAAGUAGUAGAGAAUGGAAGGCUGUCUUCCAAAAGAGCCCAGAAAGAGGGUAAAAAAACACCCAAAGAAUUUAAAGUGCAAAAGAGACUCAAGCCAAAAGACUCGAGUGGUAAAAAGGAAACAGAAAAUGGAAGUUCCAGACAAAACCAGAAGCAGAAGAGACUCCAAGCAAAUGGACCAAAAAAGGAGGAUCAAAAAAGAAAAAUAUCUAAGCGGGAUGGGGUGCAGAAGAAACUGAAGUCAAGUGAUCUAGGUGACAAUGAGGUAUUGAAAGGGAAAACCUCUGAUCGAGAUAGGGUGUUGAAAAAGCCCAAGAAAAAUAGCCGAGAUACAGAAGAGGAAAGGAAAAGCAAAACUUCUAGGCGAGUUUUAAAGAGAAAUAGAGGAAAUGUUGAUGAGCAAACAGAGGACAACAAAUCCGAGCAUGGGAUGGAAAAGAAACCCAAGCGGGAUCACCCAAGUCUUGGGAAGGCAGCCAAAAAAAAAGCCCCUGCAUCAGAUUCAGUGCUGAAUAAAUGCAAGGCAAAAAGCCAAAAAGCCGAUGCAGAAGUGAAAAAUAAAAUUUCGGGGCAAGACGGGUCACAGAAGAAACGUAAGCCAAGUAACCCAAAGAUUGAGGAGGAUAUAAACAAAACCCAGGCGAAGAAGAAAACCAAGCGAAAUAGCCGAAGCAUUGAGGAAGCAAAGGGGAAAACCUCUAAAAGAGAUGGAAAGCAAAAUGAGCUCAAGCAAAAUAGCCCCGAGGUCUCUAGGAAUGAAGCAAAAAGAAAAAUCCCUAAGCAAGAUAAAAUGCAGAUAGAAUGUGAGAGAAGUAGCCCAACCUCUGUGACAACUCUAUCAGGAAAAUCUCAAGAACCCACUGCACGGAGAAUGAGAGUCAUGCAGAGCCUUGGCCUGAUUGCACCUUCAGGGUCUCCAUUCCACAGAAACGGAGACAUUUAGCCAAAUUUCACUAUAUGCAUCCCUAGAAAGCAUCUCUCUCACUUCUUUUUUUUUUUUUUUGAAACUUUCAGCUAAUUUGCAUGGUACAGAUCUUUCAGACCCUUGCAAUUUUCAUUUCUUUUUUGAAUCCUUGCCUAUUUUGUUUGUCCAAUGCUGGCAUUGGAUCAGGGCUUGGCAUUGCUGUUGCGAGGGUCAUGUGCCAGGGGCAUUACAAGAAGCUGACCUUUAUCAGGAAUUCUGUCCAAUCUUGUGCUCAGCUUUCUUUUUAACUUUUUUCUUUUCUUUUCAAGAUGUAUAUGGUUAACUGUUUCAUUUAAGGAGAAGUUUCAACUGGACGUUUGUGCCUCCAGAAUUCUCUCACAUGCGCACGAAACACUGAUUUCAGCCUGUUGGAUUUGGAGCAAAUUUGUAUAAAGUUGAUGCAAUUUAUCCAAAGCAACCUGUUUGGGAGCAUGGACUUCCAUUCCGGAUAUAGAUGGAAUUCAUUAUAAUAUUGCACCAUGUUUUUCUAUAUUAA